ACAUCAUAAAAUGCCGAGCUAAACGCUUACAUUAUCAUAUUUUCUAUCUCUUUGUUUUGUCCACUUUCAGGUACAAGAAUAUGUUUACUUCUAUCAAAACACAGACAGCGGUUCUCUAACAGUGGAUGCGAACAAAGAUGGCAAAGAAUUCAUUCGUUUUGCUGCUCUGCAGUUUAGUCAUUUUCGGAACUCUAACGGUUGCUCAGGGCAAAAAGUCCCAGGAAAAUCUAAAAGAAAUAACUCACAAGGUUUUCUUUGAUGUUGAGAUUGAUGGUAAACCUGCAGGUCGUGUUGUUAUAGGUCUCUUUGGUAAAACAGUUCCUAAAACAUCAGAAAAUUUCAGAGCAUUGUGCACAGGGGAGAAAGGUAUUGGAAAGAGUGGCAAGCCUCUUCAUUACAAGGGAAGCACAUUCCAUAGAAUAAUCCCCAGCUUCAUGCUUCAAGGUGGUGAUUUCACCCUUGGUGAUGGUCGUGGAGGGGAAUCAAUUUACGGGGAGAAGUUUGCUGAUGAAAACUUCAAGAUCAAGCACACUGGACCUGGGCUUUUGUCGAUGGCAAAUGCUGGUUCUGACACCAAUGGUUCACAAUUCUUCAUCACAACCGUCACAACUAGCUGGUUGGAUGGUCGACAUGUUGUGUUUGGAAAGGUGUUAUCUGGAAUGGAUGUGGUUUAUAAGGUUGAAGCUGAAGGAAGACAAAGUGGAACACCCAAAAGCAAAGUUGUCAUAGCAGAAAGCGGUGAACUUCCACUAUAAACUAAGGUUUUGUAAAUGCAGAUAUGGAAUCUAUAGACUAUUUUUCUGCCAAUUAUGAAAACUAUCCAAAAUUUGCUUUGCUUUUAUAGUAUUACUUUGGAGGCGUUA